AUGGCGUCCGCCGACGCCGAGAAGACAGAACACAAGAUGGAGGGUACCAUCGAGACAGCCCAGGAGCUGCACGAGGACCCGAAUUCCCAUGUCAACCCAGAUACAGUCGAGCAGAAGGUCGUCGACGAUGCCCAAGAAGCCGGUGUCGCUGCAUACCAAUUCGAUCCCAACGCUUCACCAGAGGAUAAGGCCAACGCCGCCAAGGGGCGACUGCCGCCUGAUUUCCACCAUCCGCGCAAGCCCCAGGGCAUUGCCGUAAUUACAGAUAAAAACGAUGGAAAAGCAGAUUAUGAUCUUCCCCCACCCCAAUCGGCAACCGCCAUCAUGGCCGACGAAGCGACAAAAGCCGAUGAGGGGAAGCCAAUUGACGAUGACCUUCGAUGGGCGCGCGAUCGAACGGGUUGGGCGCCGAAGUUUGUCACUGAGAAGCUGGAGGGCCUCGAUGACGAGGGCACGUUGCUGGACCACCAGACCUUCCUGGAAGGGAGAAUCCCCGACAAGUUCUUUGGUGACUGGUACCACAACGCGGCCAUCAUUGUGUUCGCAUGUCUUUCCUCAUGGCUGAUUGCUGUUGUGGGCGGUGGUAUCGGUUGGGUUCUGAUGAUCAUGGCAGCCUGCAGCACAUACUACCGCACAUCCAUUCGACGUGUGCGCCGUAAUUUCCGUGACGAUAUUAGUCGCGAAAUGUCCAAGGCGCGCCUUGAGACUGAUACCGAGAGCUUGGAGUGGAUCAAUAGCUUCCUGGUCAAGUUCUGGCCUAUCUAUGCCCCGGUUCUCUGUGAUACCAUCAUCAACUCUGUCGACCAGGUUCUCAGCACAUCCACUCCAGCAUUCCUGGAUAGCUUGCGCUUGAAGACCUUCGUCCUUGGUAGCAAGCCCCCUCGUCUGGAGCAUGUUAAGACAUAUCCCAAGACCGAGUCCGACACCGUGAUCAUGGACUGGAAAUUCAGCUUUACUCCCAACGACACGAUGGAUUUGACUGCCCGCCAGAUGAAAGAUAAGAUUAACCCCAAGGUAGUGCUCGAGGUUCGCGUCGGAAAGGGCGUGCUCAGCAAAGGCCUGGACGUUAUUGUCGAGGACAUGGCUUGCUCGGGCCUCAUGCGCGUUAAGGUUAAGCUCCAGAUUCCGUUCCCUCACAUCGAGCGUGUGGACGUUUGCUUCUUGGAUAAGCCCGAGCUCGACUAUGUAUGCAAGCCUCUUGGUGGUGACCACCUUGGAUUCGAUAUCAACUUCAUUCCAGGUCUGGAGAGCUUCAUCAAGGAUCAGAUUCACGCCAACUUACAGCCCAUGAUGUACGACCCGAACGUCUUCCCCAUCGAGAUUGCCAAGAUGCUUGCAGGAAACCCCGUUGACCAAGCUAUUGGUGUUGUUGCUAUCACUCUGCACGGUGCCCACCAGCUCAAGAACCCGGACAAGUUCUCUGGUACUCCUGACCCAUAUGCUGUUGUCUCUCUGAACAACCGCAAUGAGCUCGGCCGCACCAAAAUCAUGCACGAUACGGACAGCCCCCGUUGGAACGAAACCAUCUAUGUUAUCAUCACGUCUUUCUCCGAUGCCUUGUCAAUCGCCGCGUACGACUGGAAUGAAUUCCGCAAGGACAAGGAAAUGGGUACUGCUAGUUUCGCACUGGACAAGCUUGAACAGGAGCCUUCUCAUGAGGGCAUUUACCUGGAAGUGCAGGCCAGUGGCCGCCAUCGUGGUGCCAUUCAGGCUGAUAUUCGCUUCUUCCCCGUCCUGGAGGGACGUAAGAACGAGGCCGGUGAGGCCGAGCCUGCGCCCGAACUCAACACCGGUAUUGCCCAAUUCACCAUCGAGCAGGCCAAGGACCUCGACGGAAGUAGAAGUCUGGUUGGCAAGCUCAACCCUUACGGUGUUCUGCUCCUCAACGGAAAGGAGAUCCACAUCACAAACAAGUUGAAGCGUACCAACAACCCUAUCUUCCAGAACGCCUCCAAGGAAUUCCUCGUUACUGACCGCAAGAACGCCAAAUUGGGUCUCAUCAUCAAGGACGACCGCGACAUCAUGCAGGAUCCUAUCGUCGGCCGCUACCAGAUUAAGAUGAACGACAUGAUUAAGAUGAUGGAGCGUGGCCAGCAAUGGUUCCACCUUCACGGUGCUAAGGAUGGUCGUGCCAAAAUGACCCUGAACUGGAAGCCUGUCGCUCUGGGUGGUGUUGGUAGCGCCAGCUACAUCGACCCCAUUGGUGUCAUGCGCUUCCACUUCAAGCGCGCAACCGACCUGCGCAAUCUCGAGGCCAUGGGCAAGUCUGACCCCUACGCUCGUGUACUGCUUUCUGGUAUGACUCGUGGCCGAACUGUGACCUUCCGUAACAACCUCAACCCCGAAUGGGAUGAAGUCGUCUACGUGCCAAUCCGCAGCGCCCGUGAGAAGCUCACUGUUGAGGUGAUGGACGAAGAAAGCAUCAACAAGGACCGAACCCUUGGCUGGUGUGAUUUGAAUGCAUCGGACUUCGUUCGUGAGAACGAGAACGGCGAGUAUGAGAUCGACGAUGAGAAGCAGGCCAUUACCAGCCACUUGAGUAUCAGCGGUGGUGCUAAGAAAGGAACACUUCACUACGACGUUGCCUUCUUCCCGUCUGUGCCUGUUGUCAACCCCGAGGAUGAGGCCGAGGAAGAGGAGGAGGAGGUUCCCGGUACCCCUGGUCCGGAUGCCGUUGACUUCCGCAAGAGCAUGGAAUCUCGGCCCAAGACGUUGCACACAAAGUCUGCGAGUGUUGACUCCAAGGCCUCCAGGACAUCCAAGGCUCAAUCCAAUGGCACUACUCCCAACGGUACUAAUGGCAAUGGUGAGCCGACUACCAAUGGCCGCACCAGUCUGGAGACAAACGGAUCUCGUCCAAUGACUGGCCCCCUGUCUGAGACCGCGUCUGUUCGAUCGAUCAAGUCGAUUCCCCGCACUUUCGUCAGCGCGGACGAUCUCGAGAAAUAUGAAUCCGGCUUCAUUGUUUUCAAGUUCCAUGAGGGCCAGCUGGCACACGCCCACGUGCAGCUGGAGGUCUUGAUGGAUGACUACAUGUUCCCGUCAUAUGUCUCAUCCAAGAUUCACACCACAACCGCGAAGUUCACUGACGUUGGUGAGGCAUUCGUUCGUGAGCUCGAGUUCUCCAAGAUUACCCUACGUCUCGUGAAGAAGGACGACCCCAAGGACUCCAGCGAGGAGCAUACCGUUGCCAAGCUGACCGGUGAUACUCUGCCGACUCUCAUGCGCAUGCUAUACACUCCCACCGAGCUUGUCCUGCGUUCCACCGAUGGUGAAGUCAGCAAGGUCACCGUCAGCGCUCGUUACAUUCCCACCCAGAUGAAGCUCGACCCCAUGGAAAGCAUCAACAACAUGGGUACCCUUCGCGUCGAUGUUCUCGACGCCGCUGAGCUCCCCGCUGCUGACCGCAACGGCUUCUCCGACCCGUACUGUAAAUUCCGCCUGGGCGAUGAAACCGUUCACAAGACCAAGGUCCAGAAGAAGACCCUUCAUCCUGCCUGGAACGAGUUCUUCGAAGCUCCCAUCAAAUCGCGCAUUGGCGCCAACUUCCACGUCGAUGUGUGGGAUUGGGACUUUGGUGACUCGGCCGACUGGCUCGGUUCUACCCCUAUCGACCUUGAAGAGCUCGAGCCUUUCGUUGGAAAGGAAGUCACACUGCCCCUGGAUGGCAAGUCGGGUGUCAUCCGCCUGAAGCUCCUCUUCAAACCUAGCUACGUGAUUCGCUCCCGCCAAGGCUCAUCUACGUUCUCCGGCACCUUCGCUGUCCCCGGCAAGAUUGUCGGCGCCCCCGUCAAGGGUGUUGGCUUCGUUGGUGGCAAUGUUGUCCGCGGUGCAUCCUUCGUCAAGCACGGCCUCAUGUCCCGGUUCGGAAAGGACAAGGGUGAGGAUACCCCUUCAAUUGUCGAAGAGGACAAAGACCGUCUUGCCCCAGGCUCUUCGAUCACCGAACCCUCUACCCCGGACACCGCGCAGAGGGAGCACUCUCGCAACCGCAGCACCGCCUCCCAGUACGGUGACCGACUCAGCGUUAUCGGAUCCGCGUCUGGAGAGAAGGGCGUUGCUAACAUCACUCUGGUCUCCGCCGCCAACUUCCCUACCAACGCCAACCUGCGCAUCACUGUCCGCGUCGUCGGCCCUAAGGGCGCGAAGGAAGUGCACAAAUCGAAGGCCCACAAGAACUCCUCUGGCACAGUCAACUACGACGAUGCAUUCCGAGUCCCCAACACCACCGCCGACGCUCAGUACCAGAUUCGCGUCGUGGACCACGCCACUUUCGGAUCUGACGAUGUCCUCGGUGACGCCCUGUUCUUCGUUGAUGACCAGGGUUCAGUCGCCGGUCAGGACAAGGUCGUGACUGUCGGCCAGGGUGUUGUCACCAUUCGCUCCAGCUUUGCUCCCUCGGAAUCUAGCUUGCGACCCACGACUUCUGGGUCGACGGCUGCCGAAGGCGAUGGUGCCGAGAGUCCCGAUUCGAGAAAGAUGCCUCGCCGCAGUUUCUUGAGCAAGCGGAGUGUCAGUGGGGCUUGA